AUGACCCGCACCUCCUGCUUGAGCUUCCUCCCCCUCCUCAUCCUCGCUCUCGCGCUGCUGUCGCUCUCCGGCCCCGCUCGCGCUGAACCUCGUAGAACUACGUCAUCUCAGCGCAGAGCGGCCCGCGCGCCCGCCGCCAAGGUGCGUCUGGCGGGCAACUAUGCGCGAGAGGCGCACGAAGGGCGCGUGGAGGUGCUGCACAACAACACCUGGGGGACCGUGUGCGACGACGAGGUGGACAUCAAGCUGGCCAAUGUGGUGUGCCGAGAGCUGGGCUUCCAGGGCGGCGUCACCUGGGCUCACAGCGCCAAGUAUGGAGAAGGAGCGGGCCCAAUAUGGAUGGAUAAUGUGCGCUGUGACGGCUCAGAGAAGUCCGUGAAGGACUGCAAACACAACGGUUGGGGCGUGAAUGACUGCAAGCACUCUGAAGACUUGGGGGUCGUGUGCACCCCUGAGCGUAGACUGGACCAAUCGGCCAGCAGAAGCCAGACCACUGCUGCCAGGCCUAAUGGCAGCCCGGCACCACAGUGGCAGGGCCAGGUGGCCACCCGCAGGCAUCCAGGAUACGGAUAUUAUGGAAAUGGACAUCCAUAUGAGGUCCCCAGGUUCCAAAGACACCACCACCACUACCAGGGUAACAGUAAGGUGCGAAUUGAGGAGGUCCGUCUUCGUCCCAUCCUCAUGGCUACCAAGAAAAAGAGCCUUGUCACAGAGGGUGUCGUGGAGGUGAAGCAUGCUGGGAGAUGGAGGCAAGUUUGUGACCUGGGUUGGAGUCUCAACAGCAGCCGUGUUGUGUGCGGGAUGCUCGGCUUUCCAGAAGCUACUCAGCACAACGCCAAAACAUACAAGAAAAUAUGGGAUACAAAGGUGGCAGAUCCUUCAACAAGGUUGAGUGUCAUGGCAAAGAAGAAGGGGUUCUGGGUAGAAAAAGUGAACUGUCUGGGUACUGAGAACAGCUUGUCGGAGUGCCACGCUCAGCUGUCAAUCCCUCGUAGUCCGGCCCCCUGUAAGAACGGGAGACAUGCAGUGGUCAAGUGCGUACCGGGACCUCAGUUCGCUCGCAUCUCCUCAGGAAGACCCCAAGCUCCCUAUCCAGUUGUGCCUGUGCGUCUGAAGGCAGGCCCCAGACUCGGCGAGGGGCGAGUGGAGGUGCUCCGGGACGGAAAAUGGGGGACCAUCGUAGAUCACAUGUGGGAAAGAACCGCAGCCAGCGUGGUGUGCAGGGAACUGGGCUUUGGUACUGCCAAGGACGCCCUCCAUGGAGCCUUUAUGGGUCAAGGUACGGGACCUAUCCAUAUGAAUAGUGUGCAGUGUAUCGGCUCAGAGCGCUCCAUCCUCGACUGCUACUUCCAGGAGGUCCAACCGUGGACGUUCAAACACAGCCAGGAUUCCUCAGUGCGCUGCAACGUUCCCAAAACUGGCAUCGAGAACACGGUGCGGCUUGCUGGCGGUAGAGUCCCAUCAGAAGGCCGCGUGGAGGUGUUGAUGGAGGUUGGGGGUCGUAAGCGAUGGGGCUCUAUCUGUAGUGAGAACUGGGGCAUCAACGAGGCCAUGGUGGUAUGCAGACAGCUUGGCCUGGGCUUCGCUGCCAGCGCUCAUCAGGAGACCUGGUACUGGUCCGGUGACCCAAAUGCAGGCGACGUGAUUCUCAGUGGAACUCACUGCGUUGGCACAGAGCUUUCAAUUCAACAGUGUCGUCGCAACAACCAUGUCCAUUGUCCUCGUGGCGGUGGAACUAAGGCGGCUGGAGUCAGCUGUUCGGACACUGCACCUGACCUCGUUCUGGAUGCCCAGCUGGUCCAGGAGACAGCCUACCUGGAAGACCGACCCCUCCACCUGCUGACCUGUGCCAACGAAGAGAACUGCCUAUCUUCAUCUGCUGCCAGGAUGAACUGGCCUUAUGGCCACCGACGCCUGCUGCGAUUCUCCUCCCGCAUCAUGAACCUGGGUCGCUCCGAUUUCCGGCCCAAAGCAACAAGAGAGAGCUGGACGUGGCACCAGUGUCACAGGCACUACCACAGCAUCGAGGUGUUCACACAUUACGACCUGCUGACUCUGAAUGGCACGAGGGUUGCAGAGGGACACAAGGCCAGUUUCUGUCUGGAGGACACAUACUGCCCUGAUGGACUCCAGAAGAGGUUCUCCUGCUACAACAUGGGUGAUCAAGGCAUUUCUGUGGGCUGCUGGGACACGUAUCGCCACGAUAUCGACUGCCAGUGGGUUGAUGUGACAGAUGUGCGACCAGGAGACUACAUCUUUCAGGUGGAAGUUAACCCCUCCAUGGACAUGGCCGAGUCAGACUUCAUGAACAACGUCAUGAGAUGUCGGUGCAAAUACGAUGGCCACAGAGCUUACAUGUACGGAUGUCAUGCAGGUGAUGCAUACAGCGCAGAGACUGAAGACCUGUUUGAACACCAGAGGCAAAUUACCAACAACUUUGUGUAGCCUGUGCCAGGGUCCAGUACAAAGGCCUUCCAGCGGGGCCCAGAGACUACUCAGGGUGGGCUGAGGUCGAUGGCCCCAGGCCCUUGGGACCUUAGGACCCAAAUUAACAGAGAACACGCAAACCGGCGCCUGCUCAUCUCCUUCGCAGAUGUGGAUAAAAGAUUCAUAAGCGCAUCAUGUCACAGCAGCGUUGGAGAGACUCUGAUUUCAACUCAAACAGCCAUCGAGAGUAAAACAGGCGCCGCGUGGUUCAAUAUGUUUUUGUAUUUUUUAAAAACUCUAGUUAAAUACGAAGAUUUUGGACAUAGAUUGAAACUAUACUGAUUUUUGUGAAUGUGGACUACUAGUAACUUAAAUUAGUUAUUCCAAACAUAUA